CAAAAGAUUGGUAAAGCGUCUCUGUUUCGAGAUGUCGUUAUAUCGGUCGUCCACUUCCGGUCUUCAGCGCCGUUUAUCAAUACUGAGGAUGUUGUCCCCUUUGGACGGUAAAGAGACGCAAAACUCAUCCUCUCAGACUGUAAAAGUGGUGGAGCUUAGCGCAGAUAAUAAGACUUGUAGAGUUACUUGGAAGAUUGAGAAUUUCACGAGCCUGAACACCGAGCAACACUAUUCUGACAUAUUCAUUGUUGGAGGCUGCAAAUGGCAGCUGUCUCUAUUUCCAAAGGGGAAUAAUGUGAACUAUUUGUCGGUGUACUUAAAUGUGCCGGAUGAUGCUAGUCUGCCUAAUGGAUGGAGCCGAUAUGUAGAUAUAUGCUUCUGUAUCACAAACCAGACUAAUAGCAAGGACACGAAAAGACAAGAAACACAAAGUGUAUUUGCUGGGGAGUCAAGAAGCUGGGGCUUCUCCUCAUUUAUCCGUCUCAGUGAUCUCGGCCCAAAAUCGGGGUAUAUGAUUAAUGGCACAAUUAUUAUGGAAGUAGAGGUGUCCGUGCGUGAUGUCAUCCAUUACUCGACAAACAGCACUGAAUCGGAAACUGUGUCCAAGAGUGAGAUGGAGCUUGAAUUGAAGCCCCAAGAUAAAGGAACUGAAUUGGAUGACAAUAAUGCCGAAUUGAAGAAUAAGAUCAAAGCUUAUGAGCAAGAGCUAGCCAUGAAGGAUGAGGAGGCCAAAUAUAAAGAGAUGGUCAUUGCUAGAAAGGAUGGAGAAAUUGCUAAAAUAGAUGGGGAAAAUAAAGAAUUGAGAGCAGCCUUGAGACUAUUGGAAAUGAUGGUGGAAGACAUGCAGGCGGUUACUACUCGUUUGCGGUCACACUCUUAUCUAAGCAAUUUUACUUCAAAAGAGAGAUCUCCAACUUCAAUAGGAUGUUCAGAAGAUCCAAUUGAAAGUAUUGGGAAAGAGUCCCAGGAUCCAUAACAAAUUCUUGUCAUUUUGGCUAUAGUGGGUUCCAUUUUGUUUCCAUGUUUCCUCACAUGGAAAUGCUCAAGAAUUCUGAUGAAAAAGUCCUUUUGUUGUCCAUGGAAACUCUUAAAGAGUCGCUCUUUGUUGUACAUAUCUCUGUUCUAGUGUUGUGUUUAACUUCCCUUUGGUGUUUAUGCCUUCAUUUUGUUGUACGGAACUUAAACUUGCUGGGUAUCGAAAUUUGUCAAAAUACAUCUAACCUCGUCAUUUAUUUAAAAUUUUAUUCCUUUUAAA